AUGGCGACAAACAUUGAGUGGGAUCCCACUGGAAGAUAUGUUGCAACAUCUGUUACUUCAGUUCAUGAGAUGGAAAACGGGUUCAAUAUAUGGUCUUUUACUGGAAAGCUGCUGUACAAAAUCUCAAAGGAUCACCUCCAUCAGUUCUCGUGGCGUCCAAGGACACCAUCUUUCUUGCCCGCUGGAAAAGGGGAAGAAAUUUCAAAGAACCUUGAAAAAUACAGCAAGAAAUAUGAAACUGAAGACCAGGAUGCUGCUGCUCAGCUGCAUGAAAAAGGCAGGCACAACCGAGAGAUGAUGCAACAAGAGUGGGACUCCUGGAUCAAGCAAUGGAAGCAACUGCACGAGGAAGAGAAAUUAGAGAGGCAGCAGCUCCUAAUAAAUGGCGAAGCAAGUGAUGAUGAAGCAUCAUCAUAUGAAGCUGAACUAGUCGAGGUCUUAAAGAAGAGCUGCUGUUACUUGGGAGUUCGACCAAGAGUAGUUUCUCAAAGUGUCAAUUACUUUUUCAUUCUUCUUCCUAUUUACAUGUUGACAAACACCAUUAUAAUAAUAUCGCAAUGA